ACCCCGCCCCGCGUGCACACUGACUCGACGUUAUCAGCCUCUGAGGGCAACUUUCUUUUCUUUUUUUUUUUUUUUUUUUUUCCGUGUGCGUGUAACAGACGUUAUCAACCGACAGGUCCAACGGUCAAUGUUCCUGCACCGGGGACUCCCGCAGCACACUGCAUCCCGGGCUCCGAGCCUGCUGACUGGCUUUUGAAGCCGCCGUGCACCGUCACCGGAUUGAAGGAAAACAAAAGUUGUGCAGGUGGAGAAGGAGGUGUGUGUGUGUGUGUGUGUGUGCGUGUGCGUGUGGAGAGAGAGAAGUAUCGCAGUCAUGUCGGGGCUACCGGGAUUCGUGAGCCCGUUCCCCAGGCCCCGGUGCCUGGCGGCGGCUGCAGCUCCGGCGGGGAAAGCCAAACUCACGCACCCGGGGAAGGCGAUCAUGGCCGGAGGGAUAGCGGGAGGCAUCGAGAUCUGCAUCACCUUCCCCACCGAGUACGUGAAAACACAGCUGCAGCUGGACGAGAAGGCCAAUCCUCCCAAAUACAAAGGCAUCGGUGACUGCGUGAAGCAGACGGUGAACGGUCACGGGGUGAAGGGUCUGUACAGAGGACUGAGCUCCCUGGUGUACGGAUCCAUACCUAAAGCUGCUGUCAGGUUCGGGGUGUUUGAGUUCAUCAGCAACAAGGUGCGCGAUGAGAACGGAAAACUGGACAGCAAGCGAGGGUUCCUGUGCGGCCUCGGCGCCGGCGUGGCGGAGGCCGUGUUCGUGGUUUGUCCCAUGGAGACGGUGAAGGUGAAAUUCAUCCACGAUCAGACAUCGGCAAACCCAAAGUUCAAGGGAUUCUUCCACGGAGUGAGGGAGAUUAUAAGAGUUGAAGGACUGAAGGGGACGUACCAAGGCCUCACCGCCACCGUGCUGAAGCAAGGCUCCAACCAGGCCAUGCGCUUCUACGUCAUGACGUCCCUGAGGAACUGGUACAAAGGCGACGACCCCAACAAAGCCAUGAACCCUCUGAUGACGGGGCUGUUCGGGGCCGUCGCCGGGGCCGUCAGCGUGUUCGGGAACACGCCGCUGGACGUCAUCAAGACCCGAAUGCAGGGUCUCGAAGCCCACAAGUACAAGAGCACCAUGGACUGUGCCGUCAAGAUCAUGAAGCACGAAGGACCCAAGGCGUUCUACAAAGGUACUGUCCCCCGGCUGGGUCGGGUCUGCAUGGACGUGGCCAUCGUCUUCAUCAUCUACGAGGAAGUCGUGAAGGUCCUCAACAAAGUUUGGAUUACGGACUGAAACGCACGAGAGCUUCGGGACGCGCGUCCACAUUAGCAGUCUAAUAUCUACCUCUACGUGAUUUACACAGAGAGAAGAAGAAAGGGAUUUGGUAUGUUCUUUGAUUUUUAUUUAUAACACAGCUGGUGGAAGUCUCAUCUGCAUAAAAACAACAACAACAACAAGGUCCAGAUUGCUUCCACUCGCUGUUUUUUUUUUUUCUCUUUAAAUUCCAAAAUGGGGGAGGGGGAGUUCCUCAGGGAACGUAACGAGGCAUUUAUUCAGAUUGGUCUAUUCAUGUUUUACAUAGUUAAUAUAAAGAGGACCCAAGACCCGACGCAAUGUGAUGUAGACACUGUAGACAAAGACGUUAUACUUGAAAUGAGAGAUUAUACCGGAGAUGAAAGAUGUUAACGCCCUCUUUUUAUAUGCAAGAAAUGGAUUUUUUAUUUCUUCUAAAAAGACGUUUGAAAACCCAUUAACUGCCUUAAAUCACGAUUAAUCAAGAUUGUAGCGGGAUUUUAUUCAUGAUGUCACACAACCUCCUUUUAGAAAUGCACAUUUCUACUAAGCAGCUGUUGAGGCGUUCACUUUUAGGUCGCAGAGAUGUUUAAAAAAAAAAAAAUUAACUUAACGAGUUGCUAUGAAAAUAUAAAAGAAGUGCCUAAUGUGUUUGAUUUUUGAGAUGAAAAUGGUUUAAUGUUGUUUUAAUAACGGUGCACAGGCCGCGGGGGGUGCCAGAGGUUUAAUUCCAGGUUUUUUAUGAGGUAUUUGUGAGACGUUGGUAUCUUCUCUAAAAAAAAUUAUUGUAUUUUUAUUCUAAAUUCAUCGAAAAAAAAAUGCUUUUUUUUCUCCGAUGAAUCUUUUUGCUAUUUUAAAUUUUGUUUUGUUUUGAGAAGUGCCGUUAAUAGUGCCCUUCAAUCUCAUUCCAGGAAGGACGAGAGUGCUUGAGGAUAGAUUUUUAUUGCAGAUUUUAAAUGUUUAACUUUUUUAAUUAUUUCGUUUUUACACCAACUGACGAGCCAACGUGCCAACAAAUGUCUGCUCAAAGGAAUGUUUGUUUGCUACUAAUUGUUUUGCAAAUGUUUACUCGAUCAGAGGAAUAUAUAUACAAUAUAUAUUAGGAAUGACGGCAGUUAAAACCGAGUAUUGUGCCUUCAUUCUAACAAGUAUUCUCACAAAUAAAUAUUUGAUCAGACCGUU